GUGUCACUCAGUCAUCGUUGGUGCUGUCAUCCACAAUGAAACAGAUGCCCAUCAACUCAAGUAUCUUCUGCAAUGACUAUGCUAGUAUCAGUUCGUUUGAAAGGACGAAUAUCAAUGGUCAGUUUAGUGAGGAUAAGCCAAGUGUAAACCAGAGAGUAAUUGUUAAAUUGACUUGCACGAAUAAAGGCAUUUCUAGUUUCAAGUUACUAUUUGAAUGUUAUUAUCUUUGGUGUAAAUUACUCUGUUUCUACACUUGGUUGAUGAGAUAUGUCGUGUGUUUGUUGGUCAUCUAUAUUCUACGAUACAAUGACAUGGGCGUGUUGCCGUUCAGAUUUGAGGAUAUAGCUGAUAGAAGGAAGUUAGCAAAUGAACUCUGCGACGAUUUUCCAACCUAGAGCGUCAACCUGAGAAGGGUUGUAGGCGUACUGCUGUAAGUCCUACAAUUCUCCAAAGGGUAGCGCAUCAAUGAGCAGUCCAAUGUGCUUGGUGUGUGAUUUUGUACAUAUGUUCAUAUUGCAUAUACUGAAUUGAUAUCAUCUUUCAUCUAUCUGUUGGUAAUUCUGUUUGUGUCC